GGGGGGCCGGGCCAGGCCGGGGCUAGGAGCUGCUGCCGGUGGAGGCGGUGGGGUUAGAUGCGCUGGAGUCUCCGGGAGCGGUAGAGGGAGCCGUCCCCUCCCCCUCCCCCCGGACGGUGUGUGACGGGGACGGGCGCCACGACCGGCACAGACUCCCGAGCCCGUGCGUGAGCCCCGGGGCAGCGUGAGGAGCCCGGGCGGGGAGCCGCGCAGCUCUGUUCGCCAGCCCGCCUCCGCCCCCUCCCUAUGGUGCGCCUAGAGGAUGGCGAAGAGACCGCGCAGUGAGGAAGAAGAUGACAACCUUCAGUAUGCAGAUCAUGACUAUGAAGUACCACAGCAAAAAGGGUUGAAGAAGAUAUGUAACAGAGUAAAAUGGACACGCGAUGAGGAUGAGAAGCUAAAGAAGCUGGUAGAACAAAAUGGUACAGAUGAUUGGACUUUCAUUGCUAGUCAUCUACAAAAUCGUUCGGAUUUUCAGUGCCAGCAUCGCUGGCAGAAGGUUCUAAAUCCAGAAUUGAUUAAAGGUCCCUGGACUAAAGAAGAGGAUCAGAGGGUUAUUGAACUAGUUCAGAAGUAUGGUCCAAAACGCUGGUCUUUAAUUGCAAAACACCUAAAAGGGAGAAUAGGCAAGCAGUGCAGAGAGAGAUGGCAUAACCACCUCAAUCCUGAGGUAAAGAAAUCUUCAUGGACAGAAGAUGAAGACAGAAUAAUCUAUGAAGCUCACAAGCGUUUGGGAAACAGAUGGGCUGAAAUUGCAAAACUUCUUCCUGGAAGGACAGACAAUUCAAUAAAAAAUCAUUGGAAUUCCACUAUGCGAAGAAAAGUGGAACAGGAAGGAUACUUACAAGAUGGAAUCAAGACUGAGCAGCCUAGUUCAUCAAAACUUCAACACAAACCUUGUGCCACUGUAGAACACUUACAAACCCAAAAUCAGUUUUACAUACCUGUUCAGGCACAAAUUCCAAGUUACCAGUAUGUGUCAUCAGAAGGCAGCUGUAUAGAACAUGUUUCAACUUCUUCAAACUUUAUUCAGCAUCCAUUUGUUGAUGAUGAUCCUGAUAAAGAAAAGAAAAUAAAGGAACUUGAGUUGCUCCUUAUGUCAGCUGAGAAUGAAAUCAGAAGAAAGCGAGUAUCAUCUCAAACUGGAAGUUUCUCUAGCUGGUCUGGAAGCUUCAUCAUGGAAGAUAGCAUGUCUAAUACUCUAAAUAGCCUUGAGGAACAAACAAGUGAGUUUUACAGUAUGGAUGAGGCCCAGGGCACAUCUGCGCAGCAGAAUUCACCCACCAAGUAUCUAGCUGUGGAGGCGAAUGCAGUGUUGUCAUCUCUACAGACCAUUCCAGAAUUUGCAGAGACACUAGAGCUUAUUGAAUCUGAUCCAGUAGCAUGGAGUGAUGUCACCAGCUUUGACCUUUCUGAGGCUGCUAAUUCCCCUGUCAAACCUGCUCCAGUAACAUUGAGGAUUCAACACAAUGAAGGGGCUAUGGAGUGCCAGUUUAAUGUCAGUGUUGUUCUUGAUGGCAAAAAAAAUAGUUGUAGCAGUGGAGAAGAAGAGAUUCUUUCAACAUCUCCUUCCAUAGCCAAGUUCAGCACUCCACCUGCUAUCCUAAGGAAGAAAAAAAGAUUGCGAGUUGGACAGUCACCAGUCAAUGAGCUGAAUGAUGGGUCAUAUAAUGAUGCUGUCAAUGUUGCACUAAAACAAACACCCGUAAAAACACUACCCUUUUCCCCAUCACAGUUUUUCAACACAUGCUCCGGAAAUGAACCAUUUAACCUUGAAAAUCCUGCAUUUACAUCAACUCCAAUCUGUGGGCAGAAAGUCCUUAUUACAACUCCUCUCCACAAGGAAAUGACACCAAAAGACCAAAAGGAAAAUGCAGGUUUUAGAACUCCAACAAUUAGAAGAUCUUUACUGGGUACCACACCAAGGACUCCAACUCCUUUUAAGAAUGCUCUAGCUGCUCAGGAGAAAAAAUAUGGCCCUCUCAAAAUUGUGUCACAACCACUUGCCUUCUUGGAAGAAGAUAUUAGAGAGGUUUUAAAAGAGGAAACUGGAACAGACAUAUUCCUUAAGGAGGAAGAUGACUCUGUCUAUAAAAGCUGCAAGCAAGAGCACACUUCUGCCAAGAAAGUCAGAAAAUCAUUGGUCUUGGAUUCUUGGGAAAAAGAAGAACUUGGUGCCCGACUCUUCACAGAAGAUAAUGUUUUGGAUGUACAGUCAGAAAAUAUCUAUACUACAUCUUUACUAAUGAUACCGUUGCUGGAAAUACAUGACAACAGAUGUAAUCUGACAUUGGAGAAACAGGCUACAACUUCAACAAACAAAACAAAUGCAGUAAUUAAAAAGAAACUGAAUUCUUGCACUUCAAAAAAUGUCAAAAUGGAAAAGUCUCUUCAGUCAAAUUGUGAGUGGGAAGCAGUUGUUUAUGGAAAAACAGAAGAUCAGCUUAUCAUGACCGAACAAGCAAGAAGGUAUCUGAGCACAUAUACAGCUUCCGGCAGCACUUCAAGAGCUCUAAUUCUGUGAGGAUCACUGCAACUGACAAAACCAUCCCUUCCCCUUACAAUUAACACUACACUGAAGGACAUUCCAGUUAAAUAUAUGUGAAUGAAGUCUCUGGGUGGUUUGGUUUUUUUGUUUUUUUGAGACAACCUUGUAAAGGAAAACUUCUUUUUAAUUGACAAAACAAACAUACGAAGCUUUGCCUUUUCAAGUAAGGAUAGCACAAAAAAUCCUGCAAUUAA